UUUCUCAUUAGUAGUAAUUAUACGACGCUAUUGUCUUAUCAUAAUCGAAUUUUUAGAGCAAUCUUAAAGUUAAAACAACUUGGUUAAGCAUUAAAACCGUAACCUAACCCGCCAUUAUGCGCCAGAAGAAAGAAAAACGACCCUCGACAGGAUGGAAGAUUCAACCAAAGUAUAUAGAGAAAGUACUAAUUGGAAAUUGGUUCGAAGAACGAGAACAGUUAUAUAGAAAACACGUGCUCGGUAGUACUGAAAUCGGGCAGUCUGGUUACAUCAAACCAAUUCCAUCUCUUGCCUCAAAGUUUCCCACACGAAAGGAACUGGCAUUAAGGAACUGGGAGGGAAUAGGUCGAAGAUGUCUUAGCUAUAGCGACGAAUAUAAACCCAACCUGAUAACAAGUCACGUUGUUGACUACCAAGAACCUAUGCAAACCCCUCCCACUACUAUCCGUAAAUGGAACUCGCGCAAAUCCUUGUGGUUGCCAGAAAAGCUAGAUCGACCUGCUGAAGGAAUACAGCUUCCAAGACUUCUUAAUAGUAAGGUAAAUCCAAUUUCAAGAAAUUUUACCUCACAAAACGAAAACACACCUUCCACCAAAAAGCACGACGACAACCAGUGUCCACCAAUAAACAUGCCACAAACCUACAAACACGAACCAGUUGUGAUCAAGUAUAGACACAGAAAAUCCGAUGUGACACCAAUCUUCCCGGUCAUCCUAAGAAACACAUCCAAGAGACAUCUAGUGGUCAAGUGGAACAUGUAAAAAUACACCAAAACAUCUUCUGGUCGAGGUG